AUGGACGCUUCAAAGUCGACAAUCUGGCGAGUCAUCAAGGAAAACCCACAAAUCGAUCGACAAUUAUUGAACAUGCAACCGGUCGUGAAGCUUUUGCACAAGAAAACCCGAUUGGCGUUCGCCGAGGCUCAUAUGAAGCAGGAUUGGUCUAUGGUGAUCUUUUCCGAUGAGAAGAAAUGGAAUUGGGAUGGUCCCGAUGGCGUUGACUACUAUUGGAGGGAUCUUCGACGAUCUACGACG